AUGAUUUCUAACCGGGUCACCACGCAGCAGCAGCCAACGAAUGUGGCGAACGAUUUAGCGACAGCUCCUUCCGAGCCUGCUUUCAAGCUUCGGGGAUCAGAGUCGGUUAAUGAUACCCGGGCCGCGUCUAGUGACGGAAGCGAGGCGAUUAAAGACCUAUCGGGUCCGCCGGUCCUGUGCUGGGAGCGCGUGGGCGGAUCCACUAAGGCGUAUGUGGCGAAUGAGGGCGGCGGGGGAGGGGAUGGCGCGGAGGGGGCGGGGAGGGGGCGCAAGGGGCGGCGGAGAAAGCCGUUCUCUAUCCAGGACGUGGGGGAGCGCGCAGACGCGGUUAUGGUGAGUGCGCGCGCUGUAGUGAUUGCGCGGAUCAGUUCGCUGAUCAUUCGUGCCCUGGUAGAAUUCAAUGUCGCCAAAUUUCCCUCCCUUCUCACUCUCCCUCCCUGCUACCCCUAUCAGUACUUUUUCGGCGGCGCGAUGGGCGUGUUCACCACGCGCUCGCUGCUGCACGCCUUGGGGGUAUCGCGCGGCGCGGGCGGCGGCGGCGCGGCGGCGAGCGCGCUCGCGGUGAACUGGGUGCUCAAGGACGGCGCGGGGCGGCUCGGGAAGAUGCUGUUCGCGCGCCACGGAAAGCGGUUCGACUGCGAUCUGAAACAGAUGCGCUUUCUGAGCAACAUGCUGCUCGACUUCGGCUGCUGUGUGGAGCUCUGCACCAUGGCCGCCCCCAAGUUCUUCCUCCCACUCGCCUGUGUCGCCAAUGUGUUCAAGAACAUUGGGGCCGUGACCAACACAUCCACUCGAGCGCCCAUCUACAAGGCGUUUGCGCGGCGGGAGAACAUUGGAGACAUCACGGCCAAAGGGGAGAGCAUCAGUAACCUCGCUGACCUGAUGGGCACAGGAGCCGGCAUUCUCAUUGCAAGGAGCAACCCGCACCUUGCCGCCACAUUUGCCGUCCUCUCCUGUGGCUACCUCUUUGCAUCGUUCAACGAGGUCAAAUCGGUCCAAGUACCCACGCUCAACCGCGCUCGCUUCGCCGUGGCAGUGCGCUCCUUCCUGGAAACGGGGCAAGUACCCUCCCUCGCAGAGGCCAACGCCAGGGAGCGAAUCCUCGUGCUGCCGUGGGCGGUGGAUCGUCCUUUGGAGCUGGGCGCACGGGUGGCAGACUCCUUCCGAAGCCCUGCUGACCUGCUCUCCUCUCAACGGAUCUUCAAGGACGAGCAAUACAUUGUGACGUACCGCCCGAACCACCGGAGGGCAUACGUCGUCCUCAAGGAAGGAGCCAAAUCAAGGGACGUGGUGCGGGCGGCCUUCCAGACGCACGUGCUGCUGCACUUGCUGGACCAAUGGCGACAGGACACCUGUCAGCAGCCCCUGCUGAGUCACCAGCAGCCCCUGCUGUCCCACCGCCUCUCACCGGACUCCUCCCCCAAAUCCUCCCACCUUUCCCCUGAAUCCUCCCCCAAAGAUCUAACUCCAAACAACUUCAGCCCAACAACCCUCACCAGCAGCAGUCCAGGCAGAUGGGCUCCCAAGGAGAUCAGCCCCAAGGGGCCUCGGGCGUGGCAAAAGUCCCUCACAUCAGCAGAGGUGGAACGAGCAGUGUCUGAGAGCCUAGAGGUCACCCGAACCCUGUUUGGGACGUUUGAGGAGCAAGCUGCUGCAGAGGGAUGGACCAUGGCGGAUUCGCUGCUCAAUCCUGGCAAGGCCCGGGUGCUCUCUGGCACAUCUGUCGAUGGUUCUGCUGUGGUUACUCUCCCCCUGCGCUCUGCCUCUGGCCGGAUUGCUCUCAAGCCGUUUGCAGGUGCUGCUGCUUAA